AUGUCGUUUAGGAUGGAACAGAGAAGGAAGCCUAUCCAGUAUCCCUAUCUGUGAAAACUGAAAACGCUCUCUCACACUCGCUCAUAUCUACUCAGUACAUGGCAAUGGCAAUGGCAAUGGCAGCAGCGUCUCUUCCUUGCCCUUCUUCUCCAUUCAAGGGAAACUUGACGAGAUUGAAGCCAAAGACAUGCAACUUCACUUUUCUUACACUCCAUUCUAAGAACAAAAGACCAUCGGUGGUGGUCAAUCAAGUAGCAGCACCUUCUGUGGUUACUACAUCUUCAGGAGCGAGGCUCAGGCUGGACAAUCUAGGCCCACAACCAGGGUCUAGAAAGAAAGGGAAGAGAAAGGGAAGAGGUAUCUCUGCAGGACAAGGGAACAGUUGUGGGUUUGGUAUGAGAGGUCAGAAAUCUCGGUCUGGUCCUGGUGUUCGAAAAGGGUUCGAGGGAGGACAAAUGCCUCUUUACCGCCGUAUCCCUAAAUUGCGUGGAAUUGCUGGAGGUAUGCAUGCGGGUUUGCCAAAAUAUGUCCCUGUGAAUUUGAAAGACAUAGCAUCAGCAGGAUUCCAAGAGGGAGAGGAGGUAUCACUAGAGACUUUGAAGGAGAAAGGCUUGAUCAACCCAUCAGGAAGAGAAAGGAGACUCCCUUUGAAGGUAAGCAAUCAAUGUGGGAUGAUUAUCAAAGUGAACAGAUGCCUGGGUCAAGCUUUAUGUAGCUGGGCCUACUAUUCAUCUGGUUCUGGGUGAUGGAGAGCUAAGUGUCAAGCUGAACAUUAAAGCUCGUGCCUUUUCAGCAGCAGCCAAGGAGAAGCUUGAGGCUGCUGGAUGCUCUCUUACUGUAUUACCUGGCCGAAAGAAGUGGGUGAAACCAUCAGUUGCUAAGAACCUUGCCCGUGCUGAGGAAUACUUUGCUAAGAAACGAGCUGCAGCCAUUGAGUCUGAGCCGCCCUUGGCUUAAAUCAUUUGUGCUUGAAAUUUUAUAUCUUUAAGAGGUGUAAAUUAGCAGGUUGGGAAGUAGAUUUUCCUGUUGUUUAGGUGUCUUUGGGCUCUAUGGUUGUAAUUUCUUGCAUUCAUAUCUUUUAUUCAUUUAUCUAAUGCCUUUCUGUAAUUUGGUUAAAAAUUUGG